AUGGAUCACGAAAGUCUGCGCACUGCGUCGACGUACCUCAAUAACUUACUACUAGCAAGAGGACUCUUACGCAAUGGCGAGCCGGUCGACUUCGUCAAGCCCUCGAAAGAGAGCCGCGCGCAAAUCAUCAACCUCGUCCACGACCUGAUACUCAGAGAAGACCGGGAUAAGGAACAGAGAGAACAUGUUGCGACCACGAUGCGGCAGCUACAGUCUGAGGACGUCAGGAAAACGCACGAGAUUGAACGACUACAGACUAAGAGCGAGGAGUCGGCGCGAGCAGCAACACAAGCCCAGCAGGCAGAACGCGUCGCACUGGCGGAGGUUAAGAAGGUGGAGAAGGCCAUGAAAACACUUCAAGAUCAGACGACGAAGCUGAAGGCCACACUGGCGCAGAUCAAGACACAGUGCACCAACGACAUUAAGAAGCGAGAUCUCGAAUUGGCUAGAUUGAAGACACAUUUGCAGGGCCAACAGAGAGGCACGCGCGUGGGAAUGACCGCGCCCAGCAUGACUGUCAGGAGACCCGUCGUGGAGCCUUCAAUGCACGAUAUCGAAGAUCCAGCGUAUAGCUUGAAGCAAGAAACGACCGAAUUUCUAACCCAGCUCAGCCAAGAUCUGAGCGAUGAGAACGAUAACUUGAUCAGCCUGGUUCGAGGUGCUUUAAGCACGAUGCGUGAGAUUCUUGGGCUUCCUGCUAACGUGAAGCUGUCACACCCAGACAGUGCGGUGGGAAGCAUGGGCAGCGAGACACAAGAGCUGAAUGCGAAAUACAAGAGUGCUGGGAGCGGUGACCUCAUGCAAGCUGCUCCCGUUGCGUACGAGAUGCUUGCGGCUGACAUGGAAUCAACGUUGUCUACGCUGAAGACUAUCUUGACGAACCCUAACUUUGUUCCAAUGGAAGAGGUCGAAAUGAGAGAGGAGGAAAUCAUUCGUCUUCGAGAAGGAUGGGAACAUAUGGAAAGCCGCUGGAGAGAAGUGUUGAAUAUGAUGCAUGUGUGGGUAACACGACUGAACACCGGUGAGACUAUCAACAUAGAUGAUCUGCGUAGAGGGAUGGGCUUGGUCACGCCAGGCGGCAGCUCAAAAGGAGGUCGCGGUGCAAUGGCGGCCAAGGAACAGCAGGAUGAGAGUCUUGUCUCUUCCGAAACAAGCGAGAUCGAAUUGCCAAAGACCAAUUGUCACGCAGGGGCUAGGACAUCAGACGCGUCUUCUCGUCCUGAAUCAGACGAAUCAAGACGAGCUGAUAUAUCGCCUGUGGCCCAACAAUCAAAGUCCUGGAAAGGAGAACUCUUGGAGACAUCAAAGAGGAAACGGAAUGCACUCGAACCGCCAGAAUUCUUCGACCUUCGACCGUCUGAGUCAAUACCUCACAGACCAACGCCGAACUCUCCGCCCAAGUCGGUCGCUGACACAAGAUCUGAUCCGUUCUUUGGUACCACAGCGCUUGAAGACGAUGAGAGCGAAGUUCUGGAGAUUCCUCAGAUGACGAUCGCUGAGAAAUUAAGCGCCGCGCAAGAAGAGGCUGCAGAAGCUCAAGCUGCACGUGCGAAUCCCACAUCGGUUCGAAGGGAAGAUCGGCCAUUUGGCUUGGACGGUGUCCUGGACGAACCAGAAGAUGAUACACUGGGCAAAAUGCCUGGUGAUGAUACAUUGGGCAGAAUAUCGCCAAUGGCUAAGAGGACGAAGAUCAAGGGAAGGCCACGCAAGAGAAAGAGUACGCUCAGUCCUGAGGAGCUGGAAACGCUUCUCAUUGUUGACUUUUGA